AAAACUCCGAUCUUUAUUUGGAUGGAAUGACCCAAACAUAUUCCGAAUACAACUCUACCUUCAUAACUUAACCAAGCCAAUUGUUUUUCUUGUUUGAUUGGAAAAUUCAGCACACAUGGCUCUCCAACCCCAGCGAGGGCAACCCACAAUGCCAUCUUCUCCAAAACCACCAAUCCGUGAGGAUCAGGUUCUUCCCCUCACCACCACAACCACCACCAUCUCCUCCACCACCACCACACACAGAAAGAAGCUCACUCUCAUCCCUCUCAUCUUCCUCAUCUACUUUGAAGUUGCCGGUGGCCCUUAUGGAGAAGAGCCUGCAGUACAAGCUGCUGGACCCCUUUUCGCCAUUCUCGGGUUCCUCAUCUUUCCUUUCAUCUGGAGUGUCCCUGAAGCUCUCAUCACUGCUGAGCUCUCCACAACCUUCCCCGGCAAUGGCGGUUUUGUCAUCUGGGCUGAGAGAGCUUUUGGUCCCUUCUGGGGCUCUUUGAUGGGUACCUGGAAGUUCCUCAGCGGUGUCAUCAACAUAGCUGCCUUCCCAGUUCUUUGCGUGGACUAUAUGGACAAGAUAAUACCGGCUUUUGGAUCGGGAUGGCCUCGGUACCUUGCCAUCUCUGUUUCAACUCUGUUUCUUUCGUUUAUAAACUAUACAGGUUUGACUAUUGUGGGUUAUGCUGCUGUGUUACUUGCUAUUGCUUCACUUUCUCCAUUUAUAUUGAUGUGUUUGAUUGCCAUUCCAAAGAUUCAUACUCAUAGGUGGCUCAGUUUGGGCCAAAGGGGUGUGAAGAAAGAUUGGAACUUGUUCUUUAACACCCUCUUUUGGAACUUGAACUUUUGGGACAAUGUUAGUACUUUAGCCGGAGAAGUGGAGAACCCCCAUAAAACUUUUCCGGUGGCUCUUUUCGUUGCGGUGAUUUUCACUUGCUUGGCAUACUUGUUCCCACUUUUUGCUGUGAUUGGUUCUGUCUCUGUGGAUCAAACUAGGUGGGGAUCCGGAUUUCAUGCUGAGGCUGCUGAAAUUAUUGCUGGAAAAUGGUUGAAAUAUUGGAUUUUAGUUGGUGCAGCGUUAUCAGGAAUUGGUCUUUUCGAAGCCCAAUUAAGCAGCAGUGCUUACCAAGUUCUUGGCAUGGCAGAUUUAGGCUUCUUGCCUAAGUUUUUUGCGGUUCGGUCAAAAAGGUUUAAUACCCCAUGGGUCGGAAUUCUGAUUUCCACCAUGAUCACUCUUGCAGUCUCCUACAUGACCUUCACAGAUAUAAUUUCAUCUGCAAAUUUCUUGUAUAGUUUGGGCAUGCUAUUGGAAUUUGCAUCCUUUAUUUGGUUAAGAAGGAAGUUGCCGGCAUUGAAUAGGCCCUAUCGAGUUCCAAUGAAGCUGCCAGGUUUGGUGGUCAUGUGCUUGAUUCCAUCUGUGUUUUUGAUCUUUGUGAUGGCUAUUGCUACCAAGACUGUGUAUUUGAUUAGUGGUGUGAUGACUUUGGGUGGCAUUGGAUGGUAUUUUUUGAUGAAAUUUUGCAAGUCUAAGAAGUUGUUCAAGUUCAGUGUUAUUGAAAUUGAAGAAGGCCGACAAUGACAAAUUGUUUGGUUAGUUUGUGAAAUAUAUCUAGUGUCAUUGUAUUGGGAAAGCUGAAUCCGUAUUUUCGUGAAUUUUGCGUAGUGGUUCUUGGUGCUGUGCUGGUUUGAGAAUGCAUGGUUGAAUCUCUAAGUUGAGACCCGCUUGAUCAACGCAAAAUUUGUUUUGAGUAAAACAGUUCAAUGCUAAUGAAAUUUAAGAAGAAUGCUGAAUGA